GGGGGGGCAGUUUCUGGGCGUUUCUGCGGCUUUAUUGUCGACGGUCGGCGGUGAGAUCAGAGAGUGAAGCGGCGGCGGCUGGAGGGAGGGAGGGAGCAGAGAGCCGGCACCGCGGCAGCAAGGCGGCAGCUGUGGUGGAAAUGGUGGACUACUACAAUACUUUGGGGAUCCCUCGCAGUUCUUCUCAAGAAGACAUUAAGAAAGCUUACCGGAAGCUGGCUCUGCGAUGGCACCCUGAUAAGAACCCAGAUAACAAGGAUGUGGCAGAGCACAAGUUCAAGGAGAUAGCGGAGGCGUAUGAAGUGCUAUCAGACAGAAAUAAACGAGACAUUUAUGACAAGUAUGGAAAAGACGGAUUAGUUGGACCAGGGGGCAGACCGUCCCGAAUGGACACAGAGUUUCCAGAUUUUAUCUUCUCGUUCCGUAGCCCUGACGAAGUAUUUAGGGAGUUCUUUGGCGGACGAGAUCCUUUCGCAGAGUUGUUUGAUGAUUUUGGUCCUUUUUCUGAAUUGGGAGGCAGUGACAGAUCUCGACAACCUGGAUCUUUGUUCUCAUUCCCUUUUCCCACCGGAUCAGAAUUCUCCUCGUUCUCCACCAACUUUGGCGGCGGUGGAAUCGGCAAUUUCCGAUCGAUCUCGACCUCCACAAAGUUUGUCAAUGGCAAGCGCGUGACCACCAGAAAGGUUGUGGAGAACGGUGAAGAGAGGGUGGAGGUGGAGGAGGACGGGCAGCUGAAGUCGGUCCGAGUGAACGGUGUGGAAGACCAGAUGGCCCUCGCGUUGGAGCUGAGCAGGAGGGAGGAGAGGCAGCGACUGGAGGGCGAGACCUCGCGGGGAGGGACGUCCGCUGGGAACCUGCCCCCCGGCCCCGGCCACGGCCUCGACUACGCGCGGGACGAGGUCGAUGAAGCCGAGGACGAGGACCUCCAGCUGGCCAUGGCCUACAGCCUGUCGGAGAUGGAAGCCCAGGGGCGCGGAGCAGAUAGAACUAAAGAGAUAGAUGAAGUAGAGGAGGAAAAGAAAGAAGAAAAAAAAGAAAACAAACAAAAGAAAAAACAAAAAAAAAAGGUGAAAAAGAGGUAGUUAAAGAAGAAUGGAAAAAUUUGUUAAAACUAAAAAACAUCGUUCGAGAUAUGUUCGUUCAUUUUAGAGUGUAGUAUUUCAUCCAAUCUUUAGCCCGAGUGCUAGUCAGGUUCCUGUGCUGAACUAUUCUGACCCUUUAAGUAAUCAAUAAAAGGAGACCAUGUUCCAACGAAUAAUUCCUGUUUGUCCAACAGGGAAAAUCUGAUUCUUUCCACGUUUAAGGUCUCCGUCAUUUCUAUAAUCCACAUUUUGAUUGUAGGGGCCGUAGGGCCUUUCCAAAAUUUUAGGAUUAAUUUUUUUCCUGUUAUUAAACUAUAAUCAAUAAAGUUUCUUUGUGUUAUUCUAAAUGUUUGAUUUAAUUCUAAUAUUCCGAGUAUUAUUAAUUUUGGAUCUGGUUCCAAUUGUGUGUUGGUUACUUUGGAUAUUAUACUAAAAAUAUUUACCCAGAAUUUUUUAAUUUUUGUACAGUUUACAAACAUAUGCGAUAACGUAGCUUCUAAAUGUUGACAUUUAUCACAUAUAGGUGAGAUAUGUUGAAAAAUUUUAUGUAAUUUUGUUUUUGAGUAAUGUAACCUAUGUAUUACUUUAAAUUGUAUUAGAGAAUGUCUGGCGUUUAGUGAACACUGAUGUAUGUGUUGUAGACUUUCUUCCCAAGUGUCUUUCGUUAUUACUUGAUUCAGUUCUUUUUCCCAUGAUUGUCUAAGUCCGUCGAAGGAAUGUCACUGUCUAAUAAGAUAUUAUAUAUAUAAGAUAUUAAUUUUUCUGUAUUAGGAUGUUUGUUCCAACAUUCAUCAAGAAUUUCUGAGUUUCUAGUUCGAAAAUUUCGAGAAUUCGAUUUUACAUAAUCUCUAAGUUGAAGAUAUC